GGCAACGCCGCCGCCGUGCCAAUACAACUAUCGAUAGCCGCCUGUCAGUUUUGACAGCUGUUUUAAGGUUAUACUGCGCUGCCGUUGCAAUCGCUCCACCAAUUUGUUCACGGUCGGACAAUUACAUAACUUGAAGAAGAAACCAUGUCGCAGGCUCCCGUUCGCGUUUCCCCGCUGAUCAAGUUCGGCAGAUGGUCCCUGCUCCUGGUGGGCAUUGCCUACGGUGCCGCCCACCAGAGCCGCCUGUCCAAGAAGGAGGAGAAGGUGCGCGAGAUCGAGGCACAGCAGAAGGCCGUCCGUGAUGCCAAGCUCGCCGAGGAGAAGAAGCGCAGCGCAGAGGCUGAGGCCCGUGCCUUGGCUGAGCUGUCGAAGCCCACUCCCAAGCACUAGGAUCCUUCAGGAUGCAGCAUCCGCAGUUCCCUUAGCUUAAAAACAUUGAAAAACCACAACAUUUACACACGAAGUUCGCCCAAAAGGAGGAGAAGCAUCAUCGAUAGUGGAGCCACCAUCUAUCGAUCACAGACUAUCGUUCUUGUGUUUUCCUCUGAUGCUUGUGCAAAAAACAGAAUGUUCGAAAUUAAAUGAUUGAAACCAAA